AUGACAAGCAACGUGACGACGGAAGUUACUGAUCCUUCUGGAGACUCCUUUGAGAAAUUCAGCGAGUGCUUUCAGGAUCCCAAUGUUGCCUUGGGUGCACUUGCGAAGAUUUGCGUCACUCGAGGUACCUUGGGUCCCUUGACGAUUUGCACUGCUUCGUUCAGGGGCAGAACUUGCAGUAGUUGUGUCUACUAUCCAUCAGGGCUUUGUAACCACGGAAUUGUUGUUCAUGUUGGUGACAAAGCAGAUGGAUUCAUGAUGGACUGCUCCAACGUUGACACUGGCUACAAGAGAAUUACUGCUUGUGAAGGCACAAAGAAAGCCUCCGUUGAGCCCUCUUACGUCUAUCAUGGCAAUCACUACAGCAACAACAAUCACUACAACAGCAAUCACCACAGCAGCAGCAACAACAACGACGACGACGUGGCUGCCAUCAUCGGAAACUUGAUUUUCUUUGCAUUUGUGAUUGGUUAUUGCUUCCUUCGCUUUUUCGCGGGGCUCUCUCGAAGGCCCGCCCCGGGAGCCCGAAGGAGACGCUACCGCCGUCAAAUCAACCCACGGACAGGUCAAUUGGAAAUCGUGCAAUUGACGGCCAUUUCGGAACAAGAAAUGAUGACAAUACAGCAUCAUCAACGCCCAGCAGCUUGCGAAUCCAUUCCCGAUCCGGAUCAUCCAACCUUCCAGUUCCUCGACGCCUCCCAAAAAUCUCCUGAAACUGCCACUCGGUUAAGGACCAACGUCAUUAAUGGAAAUUGGCAAUCCAUUCGAGAUUACUUUCGCUCUCUGCGAGAACCUAGCAGUCGCAACAGCCACCAACGCUACUUUUGGAUGACAGUGGUCGAAAAAGAAAUCGCCAAGGCAUGGUCUACCCAGGUGGAUGAAACUGCCAGUAUGAGUCGCCUGCUCGAUGAAUGGCUGGAAAAUGAACCCGACAACGUGGACUGUCGCAUCCUGCGAUUGGAAACGUACAUUGCUUGGGCUUGGAAUGCUCGUACCGGCGCCUUGGCGGCCGCGGUGUCCCAGCAACGGGCUGCCGUCUUUCACAAGAGACUGUUGGAAGCCGCCAAUGAAUUCGUGCAGGCCAAACCCUAUUGCAGCACCGAUCCACUAUUGUACGCCAUGGGAAUGACGAUUGCCAAAGGUCUUGGCCGAAAUAAUAAUGGCAACGUGACCAUGGAAGAUUGCGAAAAGGGCUUGCGAGAGCAGACGGCAGAACCACGCUGCUACACCGCCCAUACACGAGCCCUACAAUACUACUGUCGCAAAUGGCAUGGCAGCCACGAGCGCAUGUUCCAAUAUGCGUACAAUAUCACAACGGGCUUGCCCGAGGGCCAUCCAUUGUGGGUCCUCAUCCCCAUGGCGCAUUACGAACGAAACUUGAUUCAGCCCACCCCGGGGUAUUGGCGCCGCGCCCAAGUGGUGCGAGAAAUCUAUGGCGCCUAUCGGCACGCUUUCCCCAGAGCCAGCGAGACCGCCCAAUCCACCGAGGCAUCGGCGCUGAGCCAAGAGUGGGCCAGUCGCAAUUAUUUUUUGUAUUGUUUGAUCCUGACAGGGCAAUUGGAUGCUGCCCGAAAGCAGGUGCGAGUCAUUGGACGACGUCCCAGCGAGAGACCAUGGCAUUCCCUUGCUGCCUACAAGCGUCGUCUGAUGGAGCUGGGAUUUGAUGUUUCGGAAUCGUUUCCCUCUGCCACGGAUGGAGGGCCUCGUGACAUUCCAGUGGCCACGGCCACAAUUGUCACCAUUCCAGUGGCAUCGGCUGAGGUCAGCCAUGAUGAAGAGGAUACAGAUGACCUGCCUGUGGCCAGUGCUACUAUUGUUUAG